CUUUUAAAUUUUUAUAGAAAUAUUAGGACAGUCACGUGUGAUUGUGAUUGAAACAUAAGUGUUAUCACUUAUGACAUUUAUUGGUGGUUUAAUGAUAGUUUAAUCUUACAAUUACAAUAAUAUGCAAAAUGUACACCGUAUCAUGAGCGUUAAUACAACGCAAACUAUGAUAAUUCUAAAUCUACAGCAAAAUUGGUUGCCACCGUGUUACUGUUAAAAGUAAAUUAACUGUUAAAAAUAAAAUAACUGUUGAACGCUGGGCUAGAGUAACGUUAGGCCUAGGGGAAAAAGGGAAAAAAAAAAGAAAAUAAAGUCACGUGAUCCAGCAUGGCCGACAGCGAUGAAGAUCGCAUCCCCUCCCCUCCAACAAAUGGUUCUGAACCUACUGGUCCAAGGAUUGUUACAAUUACAAAAACUUCUACAGGAUUUGGAUUUAACGUGAGAGGACAGAUAAGUGAAGGAGGCGUUCUUAAAUCGAUAAAUGGAGUACUAUAUGCACCACUUCAACAUGUUAGUGCAGUUCUUGAAGGGGGCGCUGCCCAGAAAGCUGGAAUUCGCAAAGGAGACCGUAUUCUUGAGGUUAAUGGGGUAAAUGUUGAAGGUGCUACUCAUAAACAGGUUGUAGAUUACAUCCGCUCUGGUGGUGAUUCCUUAACUUUGACUGUGAUCUCAGUGCCAGAGCAAGUAGCUGAAAAACUUGAGCCUAGUGAUGACUCUUCCGGCCCUUCUUAUAUUGAUUAUUCAGAAAGGCGGUCCCUUCCAAUCUCUAUACCAGACUGUAAUUAUUUGGACCAUUAUGGUGACAGACAUGUGGUGUUUAAUAUUUACAUGGCUGGAAGACACUUAUGCUCCAGGCGAUACAGAGAGUUUGACACAUUACACAACAAUCUUAAAAGAGAAUUUCCUGACUUCAAUUUCCCAAAAUUGCCAGGAAAAAAACUUUUCACCUUAUCAGAACAACAGUUAGAUCAGAGAAGACGGGGCCUGGAGCAAUAUUUAGAAAAAGUAUGUGCAGUAAGAGUGAUUGGAGAAAGUGAAACAAUGCAAGAGUUUCUUGCUGCUGGAGAUUUAGAUGAGGAAGAAGGAACAAGUGAAGUUGAGCUUAAAGUUAUGUUACCCGAUAAAAAUUUGUGCAUUGUGACUAUAUGUAGAUCAGAUAAUACAGAGACUGUUUAUAAGGCAGUUGUUGCUAAACUUCAUUUUGAGGAUGCUGCAGAAUACUUUUAUUUGUUUGAAACAGUAGAAUAUGGUUUUGAGCGCAAAUUAUUACCACAGGAGCUUCCUCAUAAUAUUUAUAUCCAGAACUACAGUACCGCCACUGCCACUUGCAUCUUACUCAAGAAAUGGCUGUUUACUAUUUCCAGGGAGAUGACACUUACCUCAAAUACGUCUGCACUAAAAUUUUUGUUUUGGCAGGCUGUAGAUGAUGUGAAUAAAGGUUUUAUAAAAACUGGUGACAAACUUUAUGAUCUUAAAGCAUUGAAAGAAUCAGAAAAUAGUCUAGAGUAUUUAAAGACAGUGCGGCAUUUAGAAGGUUACUCAGAGGUAAUAUUUCCUCACUGUGCUUGUGACUCCAGACGAGAUGGUCAUGUGGUGGCAAUAAUAGGAUUAGAAGCUUUCAAGUUGCAAGCUUGUAAAGAAGAUGGAUCUCCUGAGUCACAAGUUAUUGAGUUUAACUGGAAGGAUGUCAAGUCAUAUGUUGUUGAUGAAGAGGGCAUGUCUUUCAACUUUGAAUACAACAGGCAAGGAAAGAAGCCAAGACUAGUCAAAAUCUUUACACCAUAUUUUUACUACAUGAACGAUUGCUUUGAUAGGAUAUAUGAUGAGCUGCAAUGGGAGACAUAACAUGUAUAAAGAUGUAUUGUUACUUCAGCAGUUAGCUGUUCAGCAGAGGUUGCCAUCAUUUCAAAUAGAGCUGUAGAAUUUGUCAGAGGGACAAUAUACCUUUAGUUGUAUGACACAACCUAUAGAAAUAUGCACUUUUUUUUGUUCUGUGCUUGAUUACUUUUUAAAUCUGGAAUUUCUGCAUCUUCAUUUUUUUUUAAAAAGAGGUCAUCUUACAUUUUUUUUUAUGCCAAUGAUUUAUUGUUCAUGUAUAUUUUGCAAAAGCGAACACAUGGCUUACAGCCUUUUACAUUUUACACAGAAAUUUUUUGUUUGCUCUGAAAGAGCUUUUUUGUUUUAUUUACAUUACGUUGUGUUUCUUUGUUUAUACCAUACAAUUCAUUCCCUUUCCAGAAUAAUUUUUAUAGAAGUUUCCUAUUAAUAAGUUGAGAAAUUCUUCUUCAGUGAGGAUUUAUUGUAUCAAGUAAGUAUAUAAUGAUAUUCCUAGCAGCAAUCUGUUUUUUAUUUCAUAGACUUGCACUUUAAAGAGUAAUACCUUUUUUAAUCUAUUUUAUAAUCAGAGGGUAUUUUGAGAAUGAAAUAAAUACAAAUUUUGAAAAUGUAAAAAAAUAUCACCAAUUAUUUUGAAUUAAUUGCUCUUAACUGAAUAAGAUUUAUUAAUUCUUAAAUAAGCAAAUACACUGAUUUUUAAUCUACCAUUAGUUUAUGUUCAAUCACAACGUAGCUUGUUUCCUUCAGUUUCUGCACCUUCAUUUUGAGCGAUUCAAUCAUUUUUGUUUGAAAGAAACUUUUCAAAAAAUGUUUAUAAAAUUUGAGUGUUUUUAAUUCACCACAAGUGUUUGCUGUAAAAAAAAACAUCCAUCAACAUAAAUACUCAAUUAGGAAUGAUAAGUAUUAUGUAAUUCAACACAUGCACAGAAAUCCAAAUGAAGUUUUCUCAUGUGUCUAAAGUCUUUACUUAGAAUUUCUUGUCUUUCACAUGAUUAAUGAUAAAUUGUCUCAGCUCUAGCACACUAUAUAAGCCAUAGUUUUUUUUAUCAAAACAUAUUCUGGAUUUACAUAAGUAUUCUAAAAAAAAUUUAAACAAAAUAGUGAGUUUGUUGUGAGACUGUUGUAAAAUUGGAAUUGAAAUGUGUAAACCAAACAAUAACAAGGAUUGUGGUUGUUGAUUUGAAAUUGUAUAAAGUGUGUUUUAUUAAUCAACAUUUAUUAUCACCAUCUUAUGAACAUGUUGCCCAAAUACUAUAAACAGCUACUAGCAUUUCAUAAAUUGUUACUAUGAUUUUUGUAUGAAGUUUUGUCAUUGCCUUUUAAAGAACUAGUAAUGUUGAUUCCUUAGUAUUCUUGGUUCAUAAACAGAUAUUCUUUAAGUUUAAAAACUGUUUGUUUGACAAACAUCUCUGUUGAGAAAUAAGGCUGUGAAAACAAGAGUUGCACAGUUAUCACUUAAAUACUUAAGCAUUUCUCUUGCCAUGGAUAUGCGCUGUGGAACUUGUAUAUUCACUUCACUCUAAACGUGCAGAGUGAAAAACCGUUGUAACACACAAGUUGUUGGGUUCAGAUAUUUUAUUAACUUACAGUAUAUUUUUUAAGUCAAAUUGAAUUAAUAAGUGUUUAUUUGUGGUAUAAUGUAUAAAAUAAUUUCAACUUUAGAAGUGAAUUUACAUAGAUAAUGCUAUUUUUUACAAACAUGAAACUAACAUUUUACUUUAUUUUAUACAGAUCUUUGUUGUUACCUAAUGAAAAUACAAACAACAAAACUUUGCUGUAGAACUAAAUUGUAAAAGGCAAGGUUUAAUUUAAGAUGAAUGACAUGUUUUACAGGAAGUUUCUUGUUUGUAAUAAAUAAAGGUUCUCAAGCAGUUUUCUUUGUCGUAAUUCUGUGACCAUUUUUAAAGUUAGAAAAUAAUUCCAAUUCUUUGUAUAUUUAAGAGUUUAUUUAUCGUUUCUAACAAUAUUAUUUGCUUUAAUCGUAAACCUUAUUUUGUCGAAUGGGUUUAGGAACAGCUAAAAUAAUAAUCCGGGUAUACAUGUACAAAACAUUCAUGAUUUGUUUGCUUGCAAUGUUAAUACUUUAAAAAUUGUUUAAUAUAUAUUAAAAGUUGACAUAGUUCACCUUCUGUGUAUAUGUUUGUAUAUAAAUGAUUAGCUGCAGAAAACUGUACCAGACAUUGAGGUUACAUCAAGUCUAGUUCACAUAAUAAUUGAAAAAGUUGCAGAGACUGUGUUAUCCCAACGAUAAAGUGUGGCCACCAAUGUUUCUGAUUGUAACUCAAGUACUGUCUUGACUGUUGUCUUUUUCUCUGUUUGCUUAGAAUUUAGGUUUCUUGUGAUAUAGCGCACAGCAUUGCUCAAAUUCUAUUGAAAAAAUUGCUUUAGUUGUUUAUGUUGUUUUAUUUAUAAAUACAGCCACUCUUUAUCAAUAAUUUAAUAAAAUUGUUACUGUGGUAAAUUAUAUCUAAAUAACACUUGCAUAUAUAUUUACAAGUACUAUAAGACAGGGUCUCAGGUUUCAAAUUAACUGGCUCCAGAUUUAUUAAACAAUGCUUAUAGAGGUUAAGGUUUCAAAUUGACAAUCCAGAUUUAUUUAACAGUAUGCUUAUAGAGGCUCGGGUUUUUAGUAUGUUCCAAUGCUAAAUUUAAAAAAGAACUUCACCUCUAUUGCAGUUAACUUUACUGUUUUUUUUAAAUGCAGUGAGUUUAGAAGAUGUAAAUGAAGAAUAUAAUGUAAGACUGUUAUUCUGCAGUGUUUUGACUUUUAAAUUGUUAGUUAUUAAAUAUUAUUUGAACUUUAUUGACUUAAAUAAAAGCUAUUUAAAGUUGAGCAUGCAUGUUUGAUAUUUAAAAUUACCUAAAAUUUGUAACCUGGGAUGCCUAUUAUUAUAUAGGCCUACUUAUGUAAAUAUAAAAAACACAUCCACCUACUAUAUAUAUAUAGGCCUAUAUAUAUAUAUAUAU